GAAGCAAGAAAUACAGUUGGAAGCCGAAGUACCGCGAGUUCUUGGUUGCUUACUGGUGCAAGAAGCAGGACGCUCGUUAGACGGAAGCCUAUGCCAUUUUGGGAACCUGAUCUGACCAGCAGCCGUUGCAGUGAUUACUAGCAUUUUCUCACGCGAAUUCGUCCAUCAGUCUUUCUGUGCGUCAGCAGGUUAACACGGCCCCGGGGCUUCUGUAGGCGCUGAGGACAGCGCCUCAUAAGGGUGGAUAAGGUGACGUGUCAGAGUAUCGCCGUAGCAAGUCAACAGCUAUCAACAUGGUACCACCUGUGAGGCUAGACCAUUUUAUGCCGCGUAGUGCAAGCACCCCUAAAGAUCCUCGCCGGCCAGAUGAUGUAUUCCUCAGACCCAUGGGCACAAACCUCAGACGUACUUCUCGCAUUCUGCCUCAAUCCGAAAAGCAGAUCAACGUCUCACACGGACCCGAUGCACCAGAUUCGUCGGCCCGCGUUCGCAACAAACGUAAUUCCAAAACCAGGAGACUGGAUCCAGAGACAGCAAGUCGCCUCAGUGAGGUUAUGGUACCCUCCACAUCGCGCGCUCCUCUUCGGCCCUCAACAUCCUGUGGUACACAACAACAAACCCAGAAAUCAACUGCAAGAAGCUCUUCUACUCUAAAUAAGUCAAAGCGACGACGUAGAUGUUAUCGGAGAGUUUUCCGAGAAAUUCACGCAUACCAAAAGACGUCGUCGUUGUUAAUCAGGAAACUCCCCUUUUCUCGCGUGGUCCGGAGUAUCGCCAUCGAAACAAUCGGCCCACGCAUUAACGAGUUCCGAUGGCAAGCCGUAUGCUUCUUGGCUCUACAGGAGGCCGCCGAGGCAUUUCUGGUCUGUCUUCUGGAGUGUGCUCAAAAAUGCGCUUUCCAUGCCAAGAGAAUCACAGUGAUGCCAAAAGACGUGCAAUUGGUCACUGAUUUACAAAAUAUUCCUACACCCCAAACCAAAAUUCGAGUUCACUAUAGCCCAUGAGAUUCCUACUCUUGUCUCCUGUGUAGAUGCUUCUUGCUCCCGUAUCCGAAGAUUUCUAUGCUUAUUUUUCUAUCACUCUUCGCCUAAUUAGUUUGUUUGUACGAAAUGUUUUAUCCUCUCUGCUAUCGACACUCUCAUAGCAUUUGUCUUUUAUGAUACUUUAAGGUGUGACGACUGUUAUGGCUUCAUUUCCGCGGGUUAAUCGUUUCAGCAUAUCGGAGUAAAAUAGUAGUGUAUUGUCUUCAAGCAAAUCUUUAUUUGCGCUACAUCCCCUACACCGAUGACCCGAUAAAUCAUUGGACUACAACCGCUUUCAUGUCUGUAUUUUCGUACCACGUAUUAUCAACCUUAUAAGUGGAUCUCGCCGUUAUCUCUUCCCAGCAACUGCUUGUCCAUCUUAUCUGUUUUUAUCCCAAGGAUCGAGCUUUAAGCCCAACAGGGACGUAUUCGUUAAAAGACAGAACUCGGUUAUAUGACUAUCCGUUUAACAAUAGUUGUUGGAUUGUUGUUUUUAUCUAAUCCCUUGUUCUACAUAUGUCACGAUUUUUUCAUCCACGGCUUCUGAACUAUUCAGUUUUUGAUCGGAAAUGAUUACGUCAGAGCUAUGAAUGAGACGAUACGCCGAAUG